AUGACUCUGGAUGUCACUGACGCAGAUGCUGGCAAGUACACAUGCCAAGCAGAGAAUGUAAUGGGAUCUGCACAGAGCUCAGUAGAAGUCAGUCGUCCAGUGGUCGUAACGACAACCGCUUCUACUCCUACGACUCCAGCUCCAACUUCUGCACGCAUUGUCCGGAUUAGCGAUCCUCCGGUGGUGGCGAAUCGCCAAAUUGUUGCCUCUGUUGGUUACAAUAUGCCUGUCGAACCUGUGCUUCGCUGGAAUGUUCGUAUCGACUGUGUGACAGAGAACGCUGAUGCGAUUGGUUGGAUUGGACCAGACGGUGAACUUACGUCAAGGGGAAGACGUAGGGUACUUGCUAAUGGCUCUUUGAUUAUCGAUGGAAUUCCUAGAGGAUAUGCUGGCGACUACCAAUGUGUAGCAACCGACACUAGAGGUGGCAGAGAUACGGAGUCGAUAACACUGAAGAUCCUAAGGCCUCCCACGCUGAAAAAGCCAACACCUUCUUCAGCAGUAAGACCGGUUCCAGAUAAUGAUCGCAUCUUUACUAUAGGACAGAGGGCCGAGAUAGUAGAAGGCCGCUCUGUAGACGUCAACUUCACGGUAACUGAUCGUGAUAGUGAUGAAUAUACGGUAAAAUGGAAGUUGCCCGAUGGCUCAUUCCUUAGCCAGGGCGAAACAAAGGACAACGUUGCAGUGUCCGCAAGCACCCGUUUUCUCAAAAUUUCGAAUACCAAACCAUCAGAUAAUGGUGACUAUCAAGUGAUUGUUACUAACAACGCUGGUUCAAACGAGGCUUCUACAAGACUGCAAGUUUUUACUGAACCAAUGGUGGUGACGAAGAUUGAAGAUACAGCAUUGCUAAACGGCGAGCCAUUCACUUCAGACGAAGGUGUGUUUAACGCCGACGAAGGAGAUACUGUGUCACUCGAAUUUACAACCAGUGGUAGUCCACCACCUGAUGUUAUGUGGAAGAGAGGAUCUGAUAUUUUGACAUCUGGCGACGACGUCUUUAUUUCAACAUCAAAGGGUCCAUACGAAACAACUAGCACAAUAGCUUUUCGCAAGUUGGAUGCAGCCGAUUCCGGUACUUACAGUGCUGAAGCUGACAACGGAGAAGGAACAGUGGCCAGCUCUUCAGUUGAAAUAGAUGUUAGAGCGCAAGAGGAUGUACGCAUACUACGGGCACCUUCUACCACUCGUCCUGUUGUAACGUCUUCAUCUGUGAGUGCUAUUAUCGGACAAGACGAUCUUCUUGUGCUAAGAAACCAAAGAGUGGAAAUAGAUUGUGCAGCGGCCGGCACUCCUACACCAGUCAUUGAAUGGAGAAGAGAUGGAGGUCCUUUACCCAGAGGAGCGCAAACUAUUGAUGGGAAUCUGCACAUUGCCGAAUUCCAACCUACCCGGCAAGGAGGUACCUACACUUGCACAGCUGACAACUCUGUCACUUCGGACACAGAACAAAUUAAAAUUAAUGUACCUGUGAGACCCCAGAUUGUGCCGAGAACUGAACCAACACCUACAACCGGUCGACUCCCUGACGCAGAUGUGACGGGCUACGCUGGUCAUGCUAUCAAGAUGGUAGAAGGACGUCGCCUUACCAUCGACGUAGAGGCUACGGGAACGCCGACGCCUUCUAUCAAAUGGCGACUACCGUCAGGAGAUAGAAUCGGACGUGGGCAGUCAGUAGGACGCGCAUCUGUUCUAGCCAAUGAUAGCCUCGUCAUCAGCGACACCCAACCGUCCGAUAACGGACCAUACAGACCUAUAGCGUCUAAUGCAGCUGGGCUGGCAAAGGUGAAGGCUAGAGAUUUCCUAAAGUAG